UUGAAAACGUCAAAAAUAAAUAAACGUAUUCGGAGCUGUGAUAACUCAAAUCUCGAGCGAUGCCGAGGCAACACUUUAUCGAGGCGGUAGAACCAACCGUAAUAAAAUUAUCCGCACGCACUGUGGCAGUCCGCACAUAUAUAGGGCCGUCUUAUAGCUCUUAUAACUCAGUGCAUGUUACACACAUCUUAUGUCCCACACGAAGUGCGCGAAAAAGAGAUUGUGACUACACCGGCGAACUGAAAUUCCUGAAAAUUCCAAAUGACUGAUUCACACUUUUCGUGAAAAGCUCAACCCAGUCGUGAUGACAUUGUGAUUUAUCUUAGGAAAUUCAAAAAUUGAAUGUGAUUAGAAAAACCGCCAAUCGAAGUUAUUCAGUAUUCCAUUUUUCGUUCCAAAUUUCACAGAAGAAAAUGAGUGAUAAAGUGAAAAUGUGAUAAAAUAAUCAACCCCGACUGGUUCGCGAACGAACUUUGUGAUAGAAAAACUGACGAUUUUGUGAUAUAUUUCGACUGACUUAACCUAAAUCAAAAUGCCACUAAGUUAUGAACAAACCAAAAGGAAUCCCUUGCGGAUCUUAAAAAAAAUAAUGACCGUAAGAACUUUCGUAACCUAUAUUAUUUUAUUAAUAUACGUACCAUACACAUUUAGUAGUGAUAGAUAUGACCACUUCAACAAAACGCAUAGUAUUAGAAAACGACAAGAAGAUACAUUAGAAUCAGAACAUGUACAAACAUCGGGAUGUCAAAGGUGCAGAGUAAGGGAAGAAAUCAAAAAGAGAAACAUAUACGCGAUCAAAGAGAAAAUUUUGAAACAGAUGGGUUUUGACGAAGCUCCCAAUAUAACAGGAAAAAUUCUUCCUACCGUGCCUGCUGAGUAUCUAGCUAGAAUUGAGGAGAAAAACGAAGGAAUGCAAAGUGAUCAACCACAUUCUGCAGGAGGAUAUUAUGCAGAGGAGGAAGACGACUACUCUAUGAAAAUGGAAAAAAUUUGGACAUAUGCACAACUUGCUCCAAGACUGAGGCACAAAGGCCAUGACAUUCUCCACUUCUCCUUCAGCAAUAGUAUAACCAAAUUUCAAGUGAGCAACGCAACGCUGUUCUUGUACAUCAGAGGGACAGAGAGAAGCUCAGUUUAUCAUGACGUAAUUGUAGACAUAUACAGAGUCAGGAAGAUCACGGACCAUUUUGAACCAGCAGCGCUAACCAAAGUCUACGGUAGGAAAAUUCCACAACCUCCAGGAAAGGGAGACUGGGUUAAAAUCGAUUUCACUGAAACCGUAUCAGAGUGGUUCAGGAAUCCUCGAGACAAUCAUGGUUUCCUAGUGAAUGCAACUGUGAACGGAAAGAAAGUGCUUGUCACCGAUAUGAAUGUGGACAAAGGAAAAAGGAUUCCUUACCUGGAAAUAUCAACUUACGAAUCGAAACGUCGAGUAAGACGCAGCACCGCUCUAAACUGUGACGAUUCAUCGGACCAAUCCCUUUGCUGUCGGUACCCCUUCGUCGUAGACUUCGGAUAUCUCGGAUUCGACUUCAUCAUCGCCCCAAGAACAUUCAAUUCCUAUAUGUGUGCGGGAGAGUGCAGCUUCUUGUCGCUUCAAAAAUACCUGCAUACACACCUCAAACAGAUCGCGAUGCCAAAUAGUUUACCACCUUGCUGUACGCCAAGGAAAUUAGGCAGCAUUUCCAUGCUUUACUUCGAUCAGCAUAUGAAUAUUUUGUCUGGGUCAAUGCCUGGGAUGGUGGUGGAGAGGUGUGGAUGUUUAUAAUGAAUUGUGCUGGUAUCUACUCUGGUUGGCAAUUCGUUCAACCUUUGGCAAAGUACUUAAUAGCAGUACCAUGACUCAAACAUGAUGUUGUAUCGUGAAGUUCUAGAAAUUGAAAUUUCCUGCUGCUCAUAUCCAAUUCCAAAUCAUUUUGAGGUUAACUUUGCAAUUGAAACACUCCCAAUAAUGAUAUUCACAAAAUGUUUUUUUUUCAAUAUUGUUCGAUAUAAACUCACGAAAUAGCAUAUACCUGACGUUUCAAAUGGACACCAUUAUUAGACCUGAAACAUUCAAUUAAUUAGCUAGUAAAUGAGUGUCUAUAUCGAAUUUGCUUUCUAAUUGCAAAUUCUGAUUUUUAAUAUGCUGUUAGCACCAGUAUCAUCAAUGUGAAUCCAAGUUUGCGGCUUGGAUUAAUCUGAAGCACAUUGAAUUUACUAUAUUUUUUAGGAUAUACUUCGAGAAUGAGUGAUUUUUUCAAGUAACGAACAAAAUACGAAGAGAGUUGCAUCAGAUGAAGCUGUAGCAAAUUUUGUUAGCUUUAAUUCAGAUAUAAUAUGAUGUCAGUAACCCUAUAGUUUUCUGACAGCCUUUGAGAAUCUCAUGAGUAUAAAGUCAACUUUAUAUGAAAUGUCCCUUUAUAAUACUCAAACGCUGAUAAUGAAUGUCUUUACAUCUAUACGUUCGUUUCUCAAUUUCCAUGCAAGUGACCAUUGCUGCCAUAGUUCACACAUUGGAAGGAAACCUUUCCAAACAAGUAACCGUUGAUUUGCUUUUCAAGUUCUAUUCCAAUUUUUUUAUCCAUGUAGGGGAUGAUUUUAAUGGACUCAACGAUGACUUUAUCGAAACUUCUUCGAUGGUCAAAUAGUGUAGGCCAUAUCUUUCAGACCGUCUUGCAGCUAAUACCUAGGAAUUGGUGCGUAUGUUCCGUUGGUGCGAUACCAGUAGAAUGGAAAAAGAAUAGUAUUUUUCAAAAUAUGGUUAGGCGGAGCUCCCAAUUUCCUUUCUUUCCUGUCUGAAUGAGUUUUCUCAUUGGUGCACUGACUGGAAUAUACUGCACCCAGAGUUCUUGAGUUUUGACCAUUUAUUUUCAUUUCGAUCUGUUCACCAUGUUCUUCUUUUGUGAAUGGGUUAUUUUUUCUUUGAAACAAAUAACGAAAGUAGCAAGUGUGGUACUUGACAAACAUAUUGAAUUUUAAAAAAACGUAGUUUUCCAGUUUUAAUUUUUCUGAAGUUACAAGGAAAUCAUUAGGUUACAGGUGUGAUUGCAUGCUCAAUUUAACGCUUAUUACAUACAUUAGCUUCAAAUGCUACAACUCAACUCGAGAUAACGUUUUUAUAUGAUAAAUAUUUUCACGGGUCGGCAAAGAUCAUUAGAAACCACAAACUUGGAUUCACUCAACUGGUAUAAGCCAUAAUAUAUUAUAUCUAUUUUCAGUUAGCUAGUUGGAUGGCUGCUAGUUUCAGUAAUCUCAACAGUAAAAAUUUCCAUUUGUGAAGUUUGGUAAAUAUAAAAUCAAUGCGUGUGCUAGUGGUUGUAAGAGAAAAAUUUCAACCAACUUCGAAUUUUUCUCAUCAAAACAUGUAAACUUUCACGGCUGGUGAUAAAUGUAUCAAAGAUAAUUUUCGGGUUUGCUAGGUGUGGUCUGCAGGUCUUCUGGCCUCCACGACUGUGGUAUCAAAAGUGAUGAAGCAACGGACGAAGUGAUAUGAUCGUCCUUGAAAUAAAACCUAUCUGUAGAUUUGGAUUGGAUCUUCGGUUUCAUUAUAUUAGUUGUAGGAAUGGCAUCGAUCCUAUUAGUUGGAAUAAAUGACUUGAUACGAGAUUAACCGAGUGCAGGUAGUCAGAUUUUGUUUAUAAUAACUCCCUUUUCCUUUUGGUUGAACAUUUUUCAGUGUUUCUGAAUUUCUAUUGUCUUCGUUCAUAGUCUUGGAUAGUAAAGAGUCCUACUGAGGACUCACUCAGUCUUUUCAAACGUGAUAACUUGGAUACCUCCUCUAAGUGCAUGUUUCGCUUCUGAACCCUUGGUGUUAUCAAGUGUCUAUUGGCUUCCUUCAGAAAUCGAUAUUCAGGCCAACAAAAACCAUCAGAGAGAGAAGGUCUUUGGUAAAACGGGAGGUUUACUGGAUCCUUUGUAGCUAUAUCUGGUCUACAUUGGGAUCACAAAGAGGAAUGUAUUGGACGAAUACAAUUCCAACCAAAAGGAAGGGGGAUGUUAAAUUGAUAGAAUAUAUCUGUCUGCACUUAAUUGCACUCGUAUCGGAUCGUUUGAUUCAGCCAACAGGAAAAAAGUUACUCCGAUCACCAAUAGAAUAUAAUCGAAGACCCAAAGCAGUUGUGUAGUAUCUGCUUUAAAAACAAUUUGAUCAUUUUCUCGUUGCCUCAUCACCUUUGAUAAUGUCUGCCUCAUUCGUAGACGAAACGUCAGGGAUCAAAACCUGGAGACCAUGACACAAUCUAUGGAAUAGUUAACAUAUAGACACAACAUCAAUGGACACAAGUUUGUGUAAUAUGUAUCAUCUCCAAAAGAAGGAGAAAUUUCACUUUCUUAUUUAUUUCCAUUAGGUUUUUCAUCGUAAAUAUGUGUACAUCAAACGAUUAUUAUGAAAAAUGAUAAUUAUGACCUCUACUUUCAAAUUAAAUCUCGAGUUUUUGGUACAAGGUGAGUCAUUCAUCACGUUGGACAAGAUGUGGAACAAUACCUCUCAUUUUUGAAAAUUUAGCUCACUUUCCUCAAUUUUUUUGUGACCAUUAAUUGGCGACACUGAGACUGUUUCUCUUUACAUUCAAAUUAUUGUAAUGAACAUAAAACGUGGAUUGUUCCUAUAACCAAUUGACAUUUUCUUUUUUCUUUUCCGACAUAUUUUCUUCAAAUUUGAAUUAUAUCUUGUCUUGUUCACGUAGGGAAAAUCUGUUACACAAAUGAAAUUAUUUCUUAACAUUUUGAGAAAACAGAUUACUCGUAUAGGUAGAGUGAAGUAUAGAAUUUUAGAAAAAUCCUGUACUCAGUCACACUUAUUUUUGAAACACUAGAGUCAUUGAAGAAUAACAAUCUUCCUUACGAAUCACGUAGAUCAUGAAUGAUUAGAACGGUACAUAGAGUAAUUCAAAUUCCAUUACUCUCUAUUCAACAAGUGGAAUGAGAUGUUUUUUUAGAAUUAGACAGUUAGAUUCAAGUUUGUUACGAAAUACCAACUGGAGCCGUCGUAUAGAAAUUGGGAUGAAAUGAUCAGAAAUGUGAUUUGAGGGUCAUUCAAAUAUUACGUAAGCAUCAAAGGGGGUAGGGGGUCUUUGCUUGGCUUAUUUUUAACAACGAGGUGGGGGUUGAAAAUUACUAAAAUUCUGCUAACGUGAAACUUGACUGACCCCUAUGAAUAGGGAGGGACAUUUUGGUUUCGUGUGGAACAUUAUUCAAAUUAUUGAUGCGGUUUGAAGCAAAUCAGUUUCUGUGAGUCAUAACUUUCAAAAACCUUAGUCUCAGUUGAUGGGAAAGCUUAGCUUCAUAAUUUUAUUCAAGUUUCAAGUAUUGAUAUGUUGCUCUGAAAAAAAAAAUUAAAUACUGCCUUGAAAUUGUUUAUAUCUCCAUUGAACUGGUAAAAUCACAUUUCAAGUGAUUUGACUUCAUGAUUUAUUUCAAUUUUGAUACCAUUAUAAAAUUAUUUUUGCUAAUUGUCCAAUACUUACUGUAAAUAUUUUGUAUGAAUUUAUGUGAUAUGUUUAGAUAUAAGUUUACCGAUCUUUAUAUUUAUUUUUGUAAUGAAUCGAAGAAGAAGAAAUGAACUGGAUAGCGAUCCAGUAUUUGUAUUUGUAAGUAUCAGAUUCGCUUGUCCAAAAAUUUUCUACGAAAAUUUAGGAUCAGUCGAACGACGAUUGCACAAAGAAGUGAAUUUGAAGUGAUAAAGAAUAUCCAAAUUGAAUUUUGUGAUAAAUUGCCUUAGGAGAUGUAAUUUUUGAGAUAUUUUUAAAUUGGUUGGCUCUGAAUGAUAUUCACUGAAGGCGCGAUAACAUCCUAAGUGAUUAGUUGUAUAUAGACUGUAAAAAUUUCUCAUGAUAUGCCAUAAUAUAGAUCUCGUUUUGAAACACAUUUCAUGGAAUUUAGGAAAUCCAAUAUUUUUGUAUAGAUAGUUGAUGUAUAUAGCGGCAAUGUUCAAGAAAAAUCAUUUUACUAGUAUAUAAAUUAAAUUUCUACUUUUUUCCUUUUGAAACAAUAUUGUCAGUUUUCUAUGUGUUUUCGCUUUUUAUAUGUAAAUUAGGUAGAUAUGUACUAGAUUUUACUAAAUAAACAGUUAAAAAAG